AUUAGGAUUGGGACCAAAGGUCCCUAAUAUGAGAACACUAAGCAUACUAAACUGAGGAGAGCACAUCGCCUUCACCUUGCCUCAAAAGUCCUACCAAAUGUUUCUUUACAUGUAGCAGGGUUAAAAUAUAUCCCAGAUGCUAGUUAGGAAGGAAUGAUAGUAGCCGGGAUGAAGUCAGCUGAAACCUCUGACAAAAGCACGAUGUGCUCCUUCAUGCAUUUGUGAUCACCUGGAAGAGAUACAGCGCGUUUUGCUCAGCCGGACUCUUUGGGCAGCAGGAAAGCAAAACGUUUCUCCUGGCUUGUCAUGGAUGUGGUGGGAGAAAAUGAAGCCCUGCAGCAGUUCUUUGAAGGGCAAGAUGUCCACAGAGCCUUGGAGAACCCCAUGGUGGAUACAAGUAUGCUGGAAGAAUUCAUCAGUAGUGACUUAGAGUUUGGAACUUUGCAAAGCCAGUUGCCAGACUCCCCACCAGACUCUGGGUCAGAAGCAUGCUCUCCACCACAGCUCAAGACCAUCUGGAAUGAUGCUUCGUGGCCAAGUGGGCAGCAGCCUCCGCUCCCAUGUCCAUCGGCUGUGGCACCCAGCAGGCUCCCCUGCAGGUUCCUGGAGACUUUUCCUGACCCUAACGCCAGUGGGCAUCCUGGCAGCAUUCCCCAAGGCUCCUGUCUGAAGAAAGAUAAUACCGUGCCUCCAUGGAAUAAUUCUACAUCCUCCAGCUCUUUGGGUUUCAAUUAUUCAUACUUCCAACCAAAUGUACCUCAGGUUUCCAGUAUUUCUACAGCAUCAGGCAAAAAAAGAAAGUUAUCACAAUUACUGGGAGAUAACAGUGAUCCUCCAGUCUGGCCUAACAGCUGCAGUCAAGCAACUCUUAAGGACUGUGCAGUUGAGGUGCAAGAAUAUGACAGUGAUGGACAGAAUGCUGCUUUGGAGAAAUGCUAUCAAGCUCUAACAUGGCAACUGUACCAAACUUCUCAGUGGAACAGCUUAUUUAACUCUAAUUAUGAAAAACUACCUGCUGUAGAAUAUCACAUUGUCACAGACAAAGGAUUUAAUUUUUCAGCAGUGGAUGAUGCUUUUGUGUGCCAGAAGAAAAAUCAUUUCCAAAUCACAGUCCAUAUUAGAAUCACUGGACAUCCAAAAUAUGUCAAAACUCAGCUAGGGAUGAAACCAAUAGAAAAGUUUUACUUGAAAGUUUUUGGAAUAAGGGUGGAGUCUCCAAAUCAAACUAUUGCUAUUGAACAGUCUCAGACAGAUCGAAGCAAAAAAACUUUCCAUCCUGUUAGAGUUGAUCUCCCAGGCGACCAGAUCACUAAAGUAACAUUGGGAAGGUUGCAUUUCAGUGAAACAACGGCAAAUAACAUGAGAAAAAAGGGGAAGCCUAAUCCUGACCAAAGAUACUUCAUGCUGGUGGUUGGACUGUAUGCUGUCUCUCAGGAUCAAUUCUACUUGCUGUCUGCAAAUGUCUCUGAAAAGAUCAUUGUAAGGGCAUCUAACCCAGGGCAGUUUGAGAAUGACAGUGAUGUACUGUGGCAGCGAGGACACGUUCCAGAGACGGUAGUCUAUCACGGUCGAGUAGGAAUUAACACAGAUGCACCAGACGAAGCACUGGUUGUCUGCGGAAAUGCAAAAGUUAUGGGCAGAGUCAUGCAUCCAUCUGACAGCCGAGCAAAAGAGAAUAUCCGGGAGGUUGAUACGAAUGAGCAGUUGAAAAGAAUAACACAAAUGAGGCUGGUGGAGUACGACUACAAGCCUGAAUUUGCAUCUGUUAUGGGAAUAAAAAAUACCCAUGAAACAGGAAUAAUAGCCCAGGAAGUGAAGGAGCUUUUACCUGAGGCUGUUAGAGAAGCUGGAGAUGUUGCUUGUAAUGAUGGAGAAAAAAUAGAAAACUUCCUCAUGGUUGACAAGGAUCAGAUCUUUAUGGAGAAUGUAGGUGCAGUAAAACAGCUUUGCAAACUAACCAACAACCUUGAAGUCAGAAUAGAAGAACUGGAACAGUGGAAUAGAAAACUGGCCAGGCUGAAAGGGAUAAGCAGUGUAAAGUCCACAAUCAGCGGAGGGAGCACGGUCAGCGGGUGUAGUCGAGCCACCAGUCUUUUGCCAUCAAGAAAAUCAGCCCAGCUAAAAUCCAGCAAGGUUUGUUUGUCAAAGAGGAAAAAGUCUUGUUCCAGGAAUAUUUUCCGGGUGACUAUAAUAGCUUUGGUUGCUAUUAUGGCACUAUGUGCUUUGACAAUAUCGACCCUUUAUGUGCUUAGCCUUCAUGACAGACAUUUUGAAAAACAUCCUAUUUCCAGCGCUUCCACAAGUUCUGUUGUAAUCUUUCCCUCUACCACUACAGCAGCAUUGCAGAAAACCACAGUUUCUCAGAGCACGCAACCCAUCAGCAGGAUUCCUGAAGUGAAUUUCUGUAGCAUUUUGCCUUGUGACAAGGUCUAUUGUUGUCCAAUUUAUCAACCAAACUUCAAAUACCUAAUCUAUGAGAAAACUGAUGCAGAAGAGAAACGAAACAAAAGUAACAAGUUACCUGGAAGAAAGCCAGACAAAAUAGCUGAUGGAAGACCUGAUCUUGGAAACGACUGGAUUGAUACAACUAUCAGUUCCAUACAGAUUUUGGAAACACAGCAACGCAUUGACAGUCGCUAUUGUAAAAACCCACAGUGCAGGUCUGGAAAUUACAGCUAUCUUAUUCCUGUUAACAAGUAUACACCUGUGGAUGUAGAAAUCUCACUGGAAAUCAAGGGAGGGAGUGGCACAAGUUUAGAGGUUGGUGUCUCAGGUUUCUUCAUAUUAACUAGUGAACACCACAGAACCAUUAAUUGUAUUUCUCUGCAAAGUUACAUUUGGAAAUUAUUGCUCCUAUUAUUCUUCAAGACAAAGCAAUGGGAAAGAUUUCUUAGAAACCACACAGGGACGUCAGCAUAUUUGGACUCUGCCUGUGGCUAGGCUGUAUGACAGCGCAUACUACUUCCGUGUAGCCGCACCGGGUUUUGCAAGCUGCUCCACAGAUCCUUAUUUUGCUGGAAUGUUUUUUACUGAUUACUACUUCUAUUUUUAUCGGCAGUGCAACUAAAAUGUUGCCAAUAGUUCUGUUCUCAGGGAAAAAAACAACAAUGAAGCUCUUGAUAUGAAAAAGAGACUGAUGUAUGGCCCUGUAUUUUGUAAAGCUUUUACCAAGAUGUAUGACAUUUUCUUGUUUGUUUUGCUUUUAAACUAAAAAAAAAAAAAAGAAGAAAAAUAAAAUGUUGUUCAACCACAA